AUGACGCAAGAGACAUUGGCAACACUCUCGCUUGAACAGGCCGAUGCGAUGCGCCUGUCCCGCAAGAAAGUCCUUGCUGCACAGAGACUCGUCAGCCUGAGGAGUGGUCCAGGCGCUCGAUCGCUGCCCCGAAAUGUGAGAUCAAUCAGCCUCGUCUUCAAGGGGAAGGACAAGCACUGGGGCUCAAGACAGUUCUGCAAGGAGCUGCUACCCCAACUCAUCUACACGAACCAGAGUAUCACCUUUGACGUCCAUAAGCCCAGAGCUGGCAAUCCUAAGCCCAUCUUGACGCUCAAAUUUGCUGAUGGCACAGAGCGCCAAAGGUCCACCUAUGGCAGACAAGCUGAAGAGAUACUGUCCGACUUGCUGACCAUUGCACGGGAUCCAAAGACCACUCAACUCGCGCCAGAGAUUGUGCAAAAGCGCAUCCUCAGGCGAGCCAGAUCGCCAAAACCAGUCAAAGCGACUCCCGACCCGGUCGAGGAGGCCAGCGAAUCAGCGCCAAAGCCAAAGUCAGCCCAGCAGGUGCUCAAGGAGGAUACGACAGGCAGCGAGAGCAGUCCAUCCGCGGGCGUAGAGCCUCCCGACCGCUUAGGUUUGUAG